AUGGUCGGUAUUUCGGCCAAUUUUCAACAGCCUGAUCAGUUCUGUCAAAGGUUUUUGAAAACCGGUAAUCAACGACAAUCAAUGGCCGAUGAAAUUCAACACAGGAGGUCAGAACUCAGUGACGAAGCUAAGCGUGCCUGUUGCACAGUGAUCAGUCAACGACUUGACUGUCAAGCGUGUUGUCCUGGUUGUGGAUCAAAAUGCGACAACAAUCAACCCGAUUUGGAGCAAUACUAUCAAAAUUGGCUUAGUGGAAGUUUGCAAGUAGGCGGCAACGUGUCUAAGCCCCGGUGCCAAUAUUAUGCUGAGCGAGUGCAACAGUGGUUAGAUGACAUGGACAAGAAAUCAAACACAGGUGACUUAUGUAAGGAAAGUAUUCUCCACCAGAUCAACGACGAGCAUGGAUGA